UGAACCGCGUUCAACAACGUAGUAUUAAGUAUAAUGAACUCCAAGCAAAUCGUUUAAAUAUCUUGAAUUAUAAUUGCAUUUAAAAUAGCUUAAGUAUAAAUCACAUUGAAUUCAAAUCUAAACGUAAGAUAACCGUCAAAAUAUGGCAACCUUAAAACCCUUUAAGUUUUCACUCAAUGGUUCAGGCUACCAUUUCUUGUAUUCAAUACCUUUUGUUACAUAUUUAUAAAAUGUCUGAUGCACAAUCUGCACAGCCAUUUUUCUAUUACUUGGAUUAAAGCAGUCAAACCGUUCAGAACAAGAAUAAAAUUCUAUUUGCUCCACCGCUUAAAAAAUCAAUUGCCUUUUCUUUUCUAAAUAUCAAUUACAAUCACAAGAGUUACCACCGCAAAUAUUUACACCGCUACAGUCCAUUCUCCACGGCCAACUCCCGCGAUUGUACAUGGUCCUUCGAGCCUCUAAGGAAUUGGAAAGUUUUUUAAAUUAUCCGGAUUACGUCCACCGCUUUACUCGAAGAUUUCCUGGAGAAGAAGUUCAUUAAGACAUGGAUAAAGGUAACGUUUCUAGCUUGCCCAAAUGCCGUAUCUGCCACGAGAGGCACUUUAUAAAAUCAUGCCUUACUUUCCAAAAUAUGAGCGUUACAAAACGUCGACAUGAGGCACGUCAAAAAGGUUUUUGCUUCAAUUGUCUGUGUACGGCUCAUACCCGCGAAUGGUGCCCAAGCCGUAAAACUUGCAUGGUAUGUCAUAAGGGUCAUCAUACCUUGCUACACAUCGAUGCUAAACCCAACAAUCAUUCCUCCUCCAAAUCGACCCCAAAAAACCGCUCAUCAUCACGAAGUUGCAGCCUUGAACCUCCAACCGCCAAAAACCAACAAAGUCGUCCAGCGAAACAACAAAACCGUCCAUCAGCCCACACAUCAAAACGAUCUACUUCAACAUCAACGCAACGCCGUCACUCCAACGUUAGUGACAGACUAAGUUCUCGAACCAAAUCGCAUGUGUUUUUACCCACAGCUCUUGCAAAGGUGAUUACUGUAGAAGGUUGCGACAAAGUCCGAUUGCUGAUGAACUCAGGAUCAACGCAAACUGCAAUUUCAACCAAAUUGGUGGAGCGACUUCAGUUACCACUUACACAGAGGGCUGGAAAGACUUUUACUGCCAUAAACUUGCAAUCUUUCCAUGACGAGUCCGUUAAAAUACACAUCACUGGCGAAGUCCAAAAUCCAUUGCACAUUAGCACCCCGGAAUCGACGAAAGAUAAAAAGCACCUAUCAAUAUACAACCACCUAACGGAUCUGGCAGAUCCACAUUUCUUUAACCCUAUCAAUAUAGAAAUCAUGAUAGCAAACGAUCAAAUUCCAAAAAUUCUAAGAGCCGGCCUAAUUCAAACCACAACCAACAUGCCAAUUGCCCAAAGUUCAGCCUUCGGUUGGAUCAUAUCCGGAAGCUGCCAAGUUUGAAGUUGCAGUCCAGCAAAAGGGGGCGGUAUGUUGAACCGCGUUCAACAACGUAGUAUUAAGUAUAAUGAACUCCAAGCAAAUCGUUUAAAUAUCUUGAAUUAUAAUUGCAUUUAAAAUAGCUUAAGUAUAAAUCACAUUGAAUUCAAAUCUAAACGUAAGAUAACCGUCAAAAUAUGGCAACCUUAAAACCCUUUAAGUUUUCACUCAAUGGUUCAGGCUACCAUUUCUUGUAUUCAAUACCUUUUGUUACAUAUUUAUAAAAUGUCUGAUGCACAAUCUGCACAGCCAUUUUUCUAUUACUUGGAUUAAAGCAGUCAAACCGUUCAGAACAAGAAUAAAAUUCUAUUUGCUCCACCGCUUAAAAAAUCAAUUGCCUUUUCUUUUCUAAAUAUCAAUUACAAUCACAAGAGUUACCACCGCAAAUAUUUACACCGCUACAGUCCAUUCUCCACGGCCAACUCCCGCGA